CUCCCUGGAAAAAAAGCGCUUGUGCCUGGGAGGAUAGGGAGAUAGCAAGCAGCAGUCAGAGAAAGUAGACCGUGACGUUGAAUUUCAAAAUCAUGGCAUCCAAAUGUCCCAAAUGCGACAAAACCGUAUAUUUCGCCGAGAAGGUGACGUCUCUCGGGAAGGACUGGCACAAGUUCUGCCUGAAGUGUGAGCGCUGCAACAAGACUCUGACGGCUGGGGGACACGCUGAGCAUGAUGGGAAGCCCUACUGCCACAAACCCUGCUAUGCUGCUCUUUAUGGGCCGAAAGGUGUCAAUAUUGGAGGUGCUGGGUCGUACAUCUACGAUGCCCCAUCCAACCCGCCUCCAGCAAGCGCUCCGGAGGAAAGCGCCCCCAAAACUGAGGAGAAGAAGGCGUCUGCACCUCCCAGAGGCCCUGUGAAAGGUGAAGAAGUGAAAGACUCGGCAAGCAUCACCACUUUCUCUGGGGAGCCCAACAUGUGUCCCAGGUGCAACAAGAAGGUGUAUUUUGCGGAGAAGGUGACGUCCCUGGGGAAGGACUGGCAUCGCCCGUGUCUCCGCUGCGAGCGCUGCAGCAAGACCCUGGCUCCGGGCAGCCACGCGGAGCAUGACGGACAACCUUACUGCCACAAGCCCUGCUAUGCAGUCCUGUUUGGGCCUAAAGGGGUGAACACGGGUGGAGUCGGGAGUUAUAUCUACGACAAGGAGCCCAGCACAGAAGCUCAGCCUUAACAGCCUCAGCACCUCACAGUCCAGCACACAGCUCUCCAGCUCCCCCCUAUGGUCUGUCUGCGCUCAGUGCAUGUUCAUUUCCUGCUGUUUCUGGAAAGCCUUUCCAGCAGCAGGAAGCAGUACUAAGAAAUAAAUAUUUAAUGACUUCAUACGAAGGUCUACCAGGAUAGUUCUGUGUACUUUGGCCCCCUCACCUUUCAGUGUAUUACCACACUGGCUUAUUAAAUAAUAACAGUACGCGAAUGACAGCUUACUGCAUGAGUUUUUCAGGCCUAGGCUGCCUCGGCACAAAUUAACUAAUUUGUCAAAGUUCAAAAAGACAGAAAGAAAAGAAGAGAAAAGAAAAGAAAAUGAGCAUAGCAUGAAAAAGGUCUAUCCGAAAACAUUGGCCGGGCAAUUUGUAAAUGCAUUUGACUGCAAAGCUGGAAUCCAGAUUAUCUUGACAGGUCUAAAUUCAGAUUUAUCUCAUUUUGGUGCGCUGUGCUGGCUGGUUUCCUGCAUAUAGUCUGACUUUUCAAGACUACCAGACCGACAAUACGACUAUUCUUUUCAUGAAGAAUGCAGCUUUGAAUUUAAGGCUGGCAUGUUUUUUUUUUCUUCCCCAGGCGAGCACAGUGCUCCCUAGAUGCUGAAAACAGCUGACAGUAGCUUUAGGUGCAGACUACCUGUUCUGGUUUGGGGUGAAACUGGAGAGCUGGGUUUACAAGAGUAUUUUACGGAUUGUUGCUAGAAAAAGGUAUUGACAUACGUUUUGCCUGGGUGAAAAUGAUUGUUUUUACCUGGACUUUAAUUCACAGCCAUUCUUGUAUUUCUUAAAUUAAAAUGUGUACCUAUUAAAAUGGGCCUAAGAACAUUUAGCUGACAGGGUAGAGACUCUAAAAAAUUGUAUUUGUGCUUUAUAGUUAUAAGUAAUGUAAAGUGUGGCUUGAAGAAUUCUGGGCUUAAUUUUGAUUGCCCGGUUAAUGUCUGCUUUUGUCUUUUUAAUCCCAAUUAAAGUUUCUACACCUUU